AUGUUCGAUACGUGCGAUAUGAAAUCGGGGCAAUGCGUUUGUAAACGAAACGCAGGUGGACGUCAAUGCGACAAAUGUGGUGACGGUUUUUACAAUUUGCAAGGAUACAAUCAGCUCGGAUGUGAACCCUGCAACUGCGAUAUUGGUGGUGCGCUUCGAGCGGAUUGCGAUGGUGAAACUGGGCAAUGUCGAUGCCGCCCGAGAGUGACUGGCCUGCGAUGCGACAAACCCAUAGAAAAUCAUUUCUUCCCAACACUUUGGCAUAACCAAUACGAAGCCGAAGAUGGGCAUACCGAAGAUAACAGACCUGUUCGUUUUGCUGUCGAUGAGGACCAGUUCAAGAACUAUAGCUGGAGGGGUUAUGCUGUAUUUUCGCCGAUUCAGGAGAAGAUCAUUCUGGAUAUUGAUGUCGCAAAGUCGUCGGUCUACAAACUUCUGUUUAAAUACCAUAAUCCAACUCCAGUACCCAUCACAGCAGUAGUAGCUGUCGCGCCAAGAAUGACGCAUACUCAGGGUAAGUUUGCACAUAAUAUUGAUGACAGGAAGAACAGUUUAUAUCUGACCUAUUGCAAACAGUCAGUGCUCGCAAUUUUACGAUUUUUAGAUAUCGAACAGUCCGAAAAGAUUACUUUUCCGCCAACUGAGGAGCCAGCUGUCAAAGAAGUAACUGUAGCUGGAAAGCCAUUUGUCCUAAACCCUGGCAAAUGGUCGAUCAGCAUUGGAACGAAGCAGCGAUUGUUUUUGGUAAGCACUUAG